AUGGUUCUAUGCGCUAACUAUGGGAACUUAGUGCAAGAAUUCUACGUUCGUUUCAAGGGUCCGGAAGAGACACCCUUCAAGGGUGGCCUCUGGAAGAUUCACGUUGAACUCCCCGAUCAAUACCCAUACAAGAGCCCGAGCAUCGGCUUCGUCAACCGAAUCUUCCACCCAAAUAUCGAUGAGUUGUCUGGCUCGGUCUGCCUCGAUGUGAUCAACCAAACAUGGUCGCCGAUGUACGACAUGCUCAACAUCUUUGAGGUCUUCUUACCCCAACUCCUCCGCUACCCCAACCCCUCGGAUCCACUCAACGGCGAGGCCGCAGCUCUGAUGAUGCGGGACCCCAAGCAAUACGAAGCGAAGGUCAAAGAAUACGUUGCAAAGUAUGCCAGCAAAGAAGCCGUCGACGAAGCCGAAGAGGACACCGAGUCCGAAGAUGAGUUGAGCUCGGCCGGGAGUUACGAGUCUGGUGGUGAAGAGCCAGCGGGUACGAUGGAUGACGUCUGA